CGCCCAUCUCUCUCUCAAAAAGUAAAAUUCGCUCUAGCCUGUUAUUCUGUCCCUGCGGACACCUGGCCGGUGAUUCUUCCCUCCGUUUCUCUUUUUGGCUAAAUCUCUUUUUCAUCCAUUUAUUCAUCUGGAACUCGAAGGAGCGAUCAUUGGGUUCAGUGGAAACUCUAAUACUUCUGCAGUUUUAGUAGGAAAGAAGACCUGGUGUUAUUGGAGGUAUUCAAUAUGAACACAAAAUUGCAAGUUUCUCUGGAGUUAGAUGCUCCCCUUCCAUCAGAGAAUUUAUUAAUUAAGGACGGUGAUUCUGGUGUCACAACUUCCUCCAUAAAUGUUGUUUCUUCUCAACAGCCUGUGAAAAAACAAACACGUCAAUGGGCUGCUUGGACACGUCAAGAAGAAGAAAGUUUCUUCAAUGCAUUGCGACAAGUUGGCAAGAAUUUUGAGAAGAUCACAUGUCGUGUCCAAAGUAAAAACAAGGAUCAGGUUAGGCAUUAUUAUUAUCGUCUGGUAAGACGUAUGAACAAACUUCUGGGUCCAGGAUUUAGUCUAGAUGCAAAAAACUCGAAAGAUACUAAUGCUGCAAUGCUUCGAUGGUGGUCAUUGUUGGAAAAGUAUAGCUGCAAAGCCUCUAAGCUUCACUUGAAACCUAGAAGAUUUAAGAUAUUCAUAGAGGCAUUGGAACACCAACUCUUGAAGGAUCAGAAAAAGAACGUAAGGAGACGACCUGUGCAAGGUGAAAAUUGUCAACCUGGAUCCUCGAUGACUGUUCUACUUCACAGUAAGGCCCCAGGACAGGAUACUCGUUCAGUUAAAGUUGUUGUUGACAGCCAAAACAUUCAAAGAGUUGGAUCAGGAAAAGGGUCUUCCAUGAAGCGCAAUACGAGUACUGGCAUUAACCGGAUCAACAACAAAUGUGAUUCCCCUGCCCUGAGAACAGCAAGGCAACGGCGAAAAACAGGUCCUGCCUCAUCGGCUGCAUACAAGAGAUGGGAAAAGGCUGCAAUUGCUGGGGUUUCAUUGGUUGCAGAUGCUGCUGAGCAUUUGGAGCGGACAACUGACAAAAAGGUCUCCCCUGACCAGAGAACAUUGGACGAGUCAUUCCCUCGGCUAGUGGUUGUUCCCAAUGGGCAAAAGGGCAUUGAGUCUGUUGGGAGGGAUCUGCCUCCAUUGCCUAUAUCAGCAUGUUCACACUAUCAGGUUAGAGAGACCUGUGGACAAGCAUCUGUGAAACUCAAGCUCCAGUUGUUUCCAAUUGAUGAAGGUACUAGAAGAGCUUUGGAAAAGGAUGAGCAUAAUCCACACUUGGAGCUCACUGUUAGUGCACGAAAGAAGAUAUCAUCGGUUCUGGAUCAUCUCAACCGCAAGUGGGGAAAUUCAAGCAUAGCUUCAGGGGAGCUGAUUCUUUUCCCAUACAAUGUUCAAAGGGAAAACCUGGGGGGUUAUCAGAGAUGGACGCAGGACACCAUUGCUUGUGCGGCAGAUGUAUAUGCGAGCGUAGGAAAUCCCUCGGUUUUUCGCUUAAGGUAUGGUUGGUUCUGCAAUACCGAACUUGAAGCUGUGACGUUUCAAGCAUCUUCAACAUCUAUCCAUUUUCAGGAGGAUAGGAGUAUGAAUGUAUCUGAAAGAAAGGAGCAAAGUUUGAAUGCAAAACCGCAACCUGCACCUCUUAGCCAUCACCACUCCGAGCAGCUUUCGGAGUGUCCAAAGGACCAGCCCUCUCCAAUGAUGGAGAGCACUUCUCAUAUGCCUUCAUAUACUGAUUUGUCUGCGGGGAUGACUGGUUUUGCUAUUACAGAACCUGAGAACAAUCUUCAGGUGUCCUUGAUUAAUUCAUCAUGCUUUAUAAAGGAAAGAGGAGGUGGAAAUAUGAGGAGAACAUGGGAGGAUUUGGAUAACAAUCCCAGAAUGGGCAACGGUACCUCAUUGUCGGCUGGGGAGUGGGCUGAUAGCCUAACCAACGUAAGCAUCGGAGAACUACUCUCAGAGGGGUCUCGUGCCAUAGAAUCCACCUCUAUUGACCAGCCUACUGAAGGAGGCUCUCAGUAUCUUCAGCAGAUUCCUUUCAGUUGUGAUUCAUUUGAUGCUGCCAUUGCUGCUCAUAUAUCUGGUCAUCAAGACAGGUCUGGCCUACUAAUGGGCCAGGUGUGCCAUUCAUCUUCCAUCUGGGAUGCUGAAGAAACAUGUGAUGGCUUCUCAUUUCAAAAGGUUGCAGCCUUAAAUCAUGAGGCUCCAAGCCCCCGCGGAAAUGUUUCUUUGGGGGCAUGCCAACCAAGCAGCAAUACAAAUUCAAUGAGUUCCAGAGGCUUAGUUGAGGAGUUGCCCAAUGAAGAGUACUCGGCUGAUUCUGGUUGCAAAGGUGAACCCAUGGAACCCAUGGAUAACUUCGAGCCGGGCACACAUACCCCUGAUGAUGCUGCAAAGGAUUUUGGCCCUGACAACUCAAAGGAUUUGAAUGCAUUAACGGAUAUAUAUUGGCCAGAUUCGUUGGGGCCAUUAGAUUUGGAUGUACCUUCAUCUAGAUACCAUGCCCAAGAUCCUAUGUUUGCUGAUAGCAUAAGCCUCAGUGGAUUGAAUCGUUUGAUAGCCAGCAGUCUGGAUGCAUUUCACAACUGCUCUUUCUUCAGCUUGGAUAAGAAAGAACUGUCAUCGACAGGUGAAGCACGUGCAACCUCCUCGUUUUCAGAUUACAAAAUUGGUGGUGAAGUUUAAGACUUACCAAUCUGGAAGCUGUUGAUAUGACAUACUUGGGCUCCCCCAAAAAAAAAAUUCCAUACCAACCAAAGUGAGCUGAUGAUUGUUGAAGCAUGAGAUCUUUUUGUUUUUUUUUCUAAUGGGGACUGGUGAUUGGAGAAGAUUUAAGGUGCCUUCUCCUGAAUGAGCUCAUCGAUGGGGUUACAAGCAUCUGAUGAGAUCCAACUGAAUCUGCAUUUAGGUGCAAUCAAAACUUCCUGCUCAAGAAUCCGGCCCUCUGUACAAAAUGAUAUGAAAAGGUGUAGGCAUAUUGUUUU